CUUUGGAGGUGGUGGGGGGGGGAGGGGGAACCAACCCAAAACACAACACAACAGGUCAGAGCCGGAGGCUCGCUGGUACUAUAAAACCCCCCCAAGACUAUGACUUCCAGUAAAAUUGAGAUGCCAGGGGAGGUGAAGGCAGAUCCUGCAGCUCUGAUGGCAUCUCUGCAUCUGCUGCCUUCUCCCACUCUCAACCUUGAAAUCAAAUACACCAAGAUUUUCAUCAAUAAUGAGUGGCAAAAUUCUGAAAGUGGGAGAAUAUUCCCAGUACAUAAUCCAGCAACAGGAGAGCAGAUCUGUGAGAUCCAGGAAGCUGACAAGGUUGAUACAGACAAAGCGGUGAGGGCAGCUCGCCUUGCUUUUUCUCUGGGCUCAGUUUGGAGGAGAAUGGAUGCAUCGGAAAGAGGCCAUCUCCUGGAUAAGCUGGCAGACUUGGUUGAGAGAGACAGGGCGAUUCUUGCUACUAUGGAAUCACUGAACAGUGGCAAACCUUUCUUGCAAGCUUUCUAUGUAGAUCUUCAGGGAGUCAUAAAAACCCUGAGGUAUUAUGCCGGUUGGGCAGACAAAAUCCAUGGAAUGACCAUUCCUGUAGAUGGAGAUUAUUUUACGUUUACAAGACACGAACCCAUUGGAGUGUGUGGACAGAUCAUCCCUUGGAACUUCCCCCUGCUGAUGUUUGCAUGGAAGAUUGCUCCAGCUCUGUGCUGUGGUAAUACAGUAGUUAUUAAACCAGCAGAACAAACACCACUCAGCGCUCUCUAUAUGGGAGCCCUCAUCAAGGAGGCUGGCUUUCCACCAGGAGUUGUUAAUAUUUUGCCAGGAUUUGGUCCAAUCGUUGGUGCAGCGAUAGCAUCUCAUGUUGGCAUUGAUAAAAUCGCUUUUACUGGAUCCACUGAGGUUGGGAAGCUGAUCCAAGAAGCAGCUGGAAGGAGUAAUUUGAAGAGAGUUACACUGGAGCUGGGUGGGAAAAGCCCAAACAUUAUUUUUGCAGAUGCUGAUUGUAAGCCAGCCCUUCCAUAUUUUUGUUGA